GUGGGACUCGAACAUAGGCAAAAGGAUGUGUCCAAACUCCACCAUCAACACCCUUCGGUUAUGGAGGGACUGAUUUCUCUUCCCGCUACUAAGUAAGCAUUUUGACCUUGAAGCUCGCCAACGAUGGCAGAAACGGAGGAACCCCCUAUACACUUUAAGAAUCUCAGUAGCAGAGAGUACCAGGGCCACAAGAAGAAGGUGCAUUCUGUGGCUUGGAACUGCACGGGGACGAAGCUUGCGUCGGGUUCUGUUGAUCAAACUGCUAGGGUUUUGCACAUUGAGCCCCAUGGACAUGGUGAGGCUAAAGAUAUUGAAUUGAAGGGGCACACAGAUAGCGUGGAUCAGCUGUGUUGGGACCCCAAGCAUGCUGAUUUGAUUGCCACUGCCUCUGGGGACAAGACGGUUCGUCUUUGGGAAUUUGAUUGUGGAAAAUGUGCACAGCUAGCAGAACUUAGUGGGGAGAACAUUAAUAUCACCUAUAAACCUGAUGGGACGCACAUCGCCGUUGGUAAUGAUAGGGAUGAUGAACUAACAAUUUUGGAUGUUCGGAAGUUUAAGCCAAUUCACAAACGAAAGUUCAGUUAUGAGGUUAAUGAAAUUGCUUGGAGCACAACAAGUGAAAUUUUCUUCUUGACGAUUGGAAACGGUGAGAAUAACUUUCUGCUAGUUGAAGUACUAGCAUACCCAUCUCUUAAACCAGUCGACACUCUCAUGGCUCAUACAGCUGCCUGUUAUUGCAUUGCUAUUGACCUAAUUGGAAGAUAUUUUGCUGUUGGGAGUGCUGAUUCCGGGGUCAGCCUUUGGGAUAUCUCAGAGAUGCUCUGUGUGAAAACAUUUCCAAAACUUGAGUAAGUUCUACCCUGGACAAUAAGCUUCAACCACACUGGAGAGUAUCUUGCGUCUGCCAGUGAAGACUUAUUCAUUGACAUAUCAAAUGUUCAAACCGGGAGGACAGUACAUCAGAUUCCAUGUAGGGCAGCCAUGAACAACGUUGAGUGGAAUCCCAAAUCCAAUCUACUUGCAUAUGCCGGAGAUGACAAGAACAAAUAUCAAACUGAUGAAGGUGUUUUUAGGAUAUUUGGCUUCAAAAGUGCAACCUAAGUUAUGCGCUUCUCCUUUGGCUUGUAAUUGGAGCGGUUGUGCAUGUGACGCGACUGUUGUGGUUCUAAACUUGCAAUUGACGAGAAUCGAAUAUAAAACAUCUCACUCACACAUCACAUUUUAAAUGGACAGAAAAUUAAUAAACGAACAAAAGAAGAAAAUACUUUUAUUUUUGUAUUGUUAAGCAGUAAUCAUUUAUUAUUGUUAAUUUUUGUCCUUUGAUAUUUUUCAAUUCAUCUGAACCGACGGCUGAAAAUUAAAAGGGUGUGAGAGAAGUAAAAAGGGUGUGUGGAUAUCACAUCCCCUAUUUAUUCUCAACACGAGGCUGAGCAGGUUUUUGCCCCAUUUUUCUGUUUGGCUUGUACUAUUUAUUUGAAACCUUCAUAUUGUUGAAAACAAGUAUUGCUUGAUAUUGAUUUCUAUUGAGAAUAUUGAUAAUUUUAUUUUCGAUAAAAGGUGUUUGUAGUAUGACUGUAUGACACAAUUGUAUUUCUGUAUAUAAACAAGAACAAUUUCAUUGGAUGAAUUAUGAUAUAUAAUCACAUGUACAAAGAGAGGAGAGCUUUAGCAGUGUGCCCUUGAUCUGGCUGGAAGUAUUAGAUUUUGCAAAACCUACUGAUGUAAUUUCGUUGUUUGAGUGAAUGCAGGCUUCAAAGGUAGUGUGCCCAGAUAAAAUGUCUGUUUCCGCUCUUCAUCUUGAAUGAUCAGAACCCUGAAAAGAGAGUAUAAUUUGGUUGUUCGAAUGUGUCUGGCAAGGAAGCGGACCAAAGAGGCUUCAUCCCCCACUUCACCUUUUGGACAUCGAAGAAAAGGAUGAUUCUGCAGCAGCAAAACAUUUGGAUUACCAUGAUAGAUUAUCUGAUACUAGCAAGCUUCUUAAAA